CCCGUUGGACCUUGGGAAGGCUGAAACAGUCCCAAAAGCAGCACGGAAACGUGGGGGUCAAAGCAGAGCUGAUGGGAUACUUCUGGCUGAUGCUGAAUCUGAGUUUUCUUUUGUCCUCAGCUGCCUUUCCUCAUCGGCUGAACCUUUUUUACUUGGCCAAUGAUGUCAUACAGAACUGCAAGAGGAAAAAUGCCAUCGUCUUCCGGGACACCUUCGCAGAGGUGCUUCCCGAGGCCGCCUCGUUAGUGAAGGAUCCAUCUGUUUCCAAAUCCAUCGAAAGAAUCUUCAAAAUCUGGGAGGACAGAAACGUGUACCCCGAGGAAACCAUUCUGGCACUGAAAGAAGCUCUGAGUACCACUUUCAAAACUCAGAAGCAGCUGAAAGAGUCUCUGAACAAACCGAAUAAGCCGUGGAAGAAAUCACAAAGCUGACUGCCUUUUGGG